AUGGCACAUCCUCAUUUUCCGAAAGCUAUGGAUGUGGAGAUCACUGCUCUUAAGUUGCUUCGUACAUGGUAUGUUGAAUCUUUACCCCAGCAAGAGGGCAUUGAUUAUAUUGAAACGUUUUCUCCUGUUGCUAAACUUGCCAGUGUAAAGCUUGUUCUUGGUCUUGCAGCUAAACAUAGUUGGAGAUUAACUCAAAUGGAUGUUACUAAUGCUUUCUUGCAUGGUACUUUGGAUGAGGAGAUCUACAUGAGCUUACCUCAAGGUUAUACUCCUGCGAAUGGUGCUCCUCUACCUCCAAAUGCAGUUUGCAGGCUUCAUAACUCACUGUAUGGUCUUAAACAGGCGUCCAGACAAUGGUACCAUUGCUUCUCCACGGUUCUUCUCAAUGAAGGGUUCGAACAAGCACAUGGGGACAACACCUUAUUUGUGAAGCAAACUGGUGACUCGUUCAUUGCAUUGUUGGAUCUACAAGCUGCUCUUCAUAGAGCUUUUAAGAUCAAGGAUUUAGGAGCCCCGAAGUAUUUUCUUGGUCUGGAGAUUGCUAGGAAUGCUUCCGGGAUUUUGUUGUGUCAACGCAAGUAUGCCUUGGAUAUCCUUGCGGCCACAAGUAUGCUUGCUUGCAAACCCGAAAAUGUCCCUAUGGAUCCAACGGUAAAUCUAAGUAGAGAAUCUGAAACUUUUCUAGAGGAUGCAACUUCUUAUAGGGAAUUGGUAGGCAGAUUGUUGUACCUUACCAUCACUAGGCCAGACAUCACGUUUGCUGUCAACAAUCUUAGCCAAUUCCUAUCUUGUCCUACUGAUGUGCAUUAUGCAGCUGCUCUACGUGUGUUGUGGUACCUUAAGAACAAUCCUGGUCAAGGAAUUUUCUUCUCUGUCGAUACUGAGUUAUGUCUUAAUGCCUUCAGUGAUGCCAACUAUGGAACGUGUCCUGACUCAAGGAGAUCUGUUACUGGAUUUUGCAUUUAUCUAGGCAGCUCUUUGAUCAAUUGGAAGUCUAAAAAAUAG